AUCUACUUGGUGAAUUUUCUUGUGAAUCUUCCGAUGAAUACCGCUUGCGACGAUGCAUUUUCUCAUUAGGGGUGCCCAAAAUGAAUCGAAUAUUGGACAAUAUUUCAAACGAUGAUAUUGUUAAAGAAUCGUUAAGGUUAUUGGUCGAUGAGCAUUCAUUAUCGUUGAGUACAUUUAUUGAAUUAUUCAAACCCCGUCUGACGAGUUUUGAUGCAAAUGAACGUGAUAAAGCAAUUCAUUGCGUUGCAACUGUUUUAUGCAAUCUUCCAAAGGAUUUUUUAAAUGCUGAACAAGUUAAACUAUUAUUAGAAUUUUUCCUGGAUCGAUUAGAAGAUUGUUCAAUCUCAAGUGAAAUCAUUAUCAAUGCAAUAAAUCAUUUGGUUUGCAAAGUAUGUUUAUUACCUAUGGAUUAUGAAUUAAAAAUUUUCAAUAAAUUAUUUGGUGAUUUAAAUAUUCAAUCAUUUUCACCUAAAGUUCGAGAAGAACUAUAUGAAAUUCUCGAGUUUUUACUUAUUUUUCACCUCAAAGGUAUGCGAACGGUUGGUGUGGAUUGUGCAUUGUGUUUUAUUCGUGCAGCUAGUGGCGAACACAACGCACGAUGUCUCCUUAUAGUUUUUCGAGUAUUCUGUUUGAUCGUAAAAAAUCUUGUUCUUGGUCCUUUUCUGAAUGAAUUGUUUGAUAUUAUUGCUUCUUAUUAUCCAAUCGAAUUUAAUCCGCCGAAAAGUGAUAAAAAUACUAUUACACGGGAUGUUUUGGUUGCAGGCUGUGAAGAAUGUUUUUUGGCUCAUAGUGGCUUUGCUGAUUUAACGUAUAAAUUAAUUAUUGAAAAAUUAUUGGAUGAUGAGACUGAAGAAAUCGGUAAAAUAGAAAUAUGUUUAUUUUUGGUAAAAGCCUGUGUAUUUUAUCCUGUAGCACCUUUGCGUAAUCAUCUGGAUGGUUUACUUGGUGGUCUUCGAGCUGUUGCUUUAAAUCCUUCUUCAGAUGCUGAAAGUGUUUCGAUUCCCGUUCAUUCCGCUAUACAAGCGAUUGCUUUGAAAUUUCUUGAUCAUUCUGAGGAUAGUUUGGAUGGAAUGGAACAAAUAUGCAAUUGUGAAUUGUUUGUUUUGCAAGCUCAACUUGGAUUAAUGAAUCGUGCUUUGGACUUAUUAGAAGCUACGGCAAAGGUCGAUAAAAGCGCCGCUCAAAUUAUUCUGCCGCAAGUUUUGCGAUGGCUUUUGAUGAUUUGUAGGGGCGAUUCAUCUAAUACCUCAUCAAAUAAAGUCUCAGUAAUCACUGAUGGUCUUAAUUCUCUACCAAUUUGGCUCAAUCUUUUAAAAAAAAAUAAGGACGGGAUUAAUUGUCAUAAAAUUUGUGAUGAAUUCAUCGAUUUUCUUCAGAACAAGUUCUGUUUUGUCGACGAAGUCUUGAAGUAUUCAACAAAAUACGUUGUGGCUGAGACUUUCAUGCAGUUGAUUCACUUAGAAAAUUACAAUUUAAACAAACUUUGCGAAUGCUUACUUAUGCGAACUGUUGCUGAUAUCAACAGCAGUGGAGAACAACUCAGGAGGUAUUGUUCAUCGUUUAUUAGUGGUUUUGCUCAAUGUAAUUGGCAGAAAAAUAACAGUCGAUUUUUCCUAAAAAUGGAAGCUUUAGGGCUGAAUAGCGAAAAUGAACAACUUAUUACUCAUGUUUUUCGUAAUAACGUUGACAAUGUUAAAAUCUGCAAAGAUUUUUUGGUGCAUACAUUAAAUAUCUUUUUGACAAUGGACCAUAAAAAUGUAGAAGCGAAUUGCUUACAACAAAUUGGUCUAAUCAUAGAAGAAAGUUAUAGCAACGGUAAAUUGCGAGAAUAUGAAAAAAAGAGUUUGGAAUGGAACUCAGUAGAUAUCAUACGAUUCAAAAGUCGUGUUUGUUUAUCGCUUCUUUUUGCUGGUCGGGUACAAGGUCUGAAAUAUUUUGAAGAUCUUAUUAGUGCGAUUGUUUACAAUCAAGAAAAUACGAAUAUUUUGGUUAGUGAACUGAAAAAUAUUUUCGACUUUGAAUCCAGCUCUAAUAAUCCGGAUAAAUGCCGUAUCAGUCUUAUUUCAGACAAUCGUAAUAUUCAACUUCAAUUUUAUGAACUUUUAAUUCCAAUUUUGCUUAUGUUGCAAGAUAUCAGUACGUUCUUAACUUUAGAAUACACAAUGCUUCUUCCAAUCUUCCGUGAUAUUUUUGAUAAGAGUGGAAAUGAUAGUUAUGCUACAGGAUGGGCUACAUUUAACGCAAUACGUUGCUUUGAGUUAUUAGCUCGGCGAUGGCCAGUCACAACUUUAAUGCAGUAUAGCAAUCAAGUUUUCACCGCUCUUAUUAAAGCUACUGGAUCUCAUAAGCGUGUAAUAAGGACUGCUGCUGCUGAUGUUCGGAACAUCUGGUGA